AUGAAAUCGUUGGUGUCUAAAAUACCCAGCAAGCAGGUUGUCAUUGUAGGAAUCGAUGCAAAUGCGAAGAUAAGACUCGAACAAAAAUCCGAUGUGCUAGGAAAAUGGCAUUAUCUAGCGGAGCGCACGUCGGACAACGGUGACCGUCUGGUCGACUUGUGCGAACAGACAGUCCUCAUCAUCGCCUUCACGUUUAAGAGGAAUCAUCGACGCCAUCAGCUCACGUGGCAGGGUUCAACCCUUUUAAAGGCGCAUACCACCCAGAUUCUGGGUGGUAUGCGCCUUUAA